UUAACACCUUUAAGAAACACUUUGUGAGAGAUUAAAUCGUUUGUGAUAUGUAGGCCUAAAACUUCUAAGUCGAAUUAUUUUUGAGUGGUUAUAAAAUGCCUUUAAAUAUCAUCCCUAGGAAAACGUGGGGAGCGAUCCCCGCUAGAAAGUCUAUCCCGAUGGAGCACCCUAUCAUGUUAAUCGCCUUCUCUAUUAUUGAUCCUACGGAUAUUUUUGAUAUGGAAAUACUUAAAAGAGUUCAAAGACUUCACAUGGAUAGUCAUGAUCAUGACGAUAUUGAUUGUAGCUUCGUGAUUGGUCAGGAUGGCACAGUAUACGAAGGGAGGGGGUGGUUUUGUCAACCAGAGAAAAGAGAAGUGGAAGGAGGUAACUACCUAGACAUCGGGUUUAUUGGAGAUGUAAAAGGAAAAUCCAUUGAGGAACACCCUCCGUUAAUAGCAUUGACUAAACUGUUGGACUUUGCAAGUGAAAAAAGGUUCUUGGAUGAACAUUAUCUAUUAAUAAGUGAAAAUAAGGAUGGAGACUGCAACGAAGAUGAUGACAAUUCACCGGAUAUGUUCAUGAACGAAUUCGAAGAGAUUCCAAGUCCAGAGUAAACGCUAUAUCUUCUGAUCUGGUUGAGUACGAUGCAUCCUUGAUGAAUAAAUAUAUUUUGUAUGUAAAUAUAAAUUCUAAAUUUAAUUUUGCAUGCAUUAGUAUUUCACUUUACUAUUUGAUAAGC